AUUGGUUAGAACAAUACAUGCAGAUCAUGGCAAAAUCCAUUCUUCCAUGUCGUUACUUCAGCUCCACAAGUUCAGCUUCUCCCCCAACAGUUCCCCAUCAAACCUUAUCUUCCCCAAAAAGAACAUGGCCAUCUCCGCUUCUCCAGACUGGUCCUUAGCUUCAACAGACUCCUACACAUCAAAACCCAGAAAAUCUGUUCUCUUCUUUGCACCUUGCAAAAAAACACUACACUUUGUCCCCUUCCCCACCUCAAACUUCCCGUUCUUCCACAUCAAUUCUUCAUCUAACUCCCCAUCUGCCAUCAUGGAACAUCCAUCAUCAUCAUCGAGCAGCAGCAGCAAUGUGCCUGUCACCAAUUUAGGCCUAAACGGAUUACUGUGUGGGUUAUUAAAAGACACUCCAAGUGAAGAUGUCGCAUAUGAUUUCUACCAGAAAGCAAAAGAGAACCCGGGGUUCAUACCAGAGAAACAAAUGUUGAAGCUUCUGAUAAGGUACUUUGUCCAAUCCAAGAAAUGGGAUUUGAUUAUGUCUCUAUCGCAUGAUUUCAAGCGUUACAAUGUCUUCCCCGAUGGUUAUACUUGUUCUAGGUUGAUUAAUACUUGUGUUAAAGCUAGAAAAUUCAAGGUCGUCGAGGCUUUGCUUGAAGCGUUUAGAUCAGACGAAGAACUCGCUGUCAUUGCGUUUAAUUCAGCAAUGGCGGGGUACAAUAAGUUGCAUAUGUUUCGAAGCACGAUAUCCGUGUUCGAAACGAUGAAAUCAAUCGAAUGUAUGGAUUCCGAGUCUUAUUGCCUGAUAAUGGAAGCUUAUCAGCAAAUUGGUGAUAUAGACAAAGUUUGUUCCUUAUUUGAUGAAUUUGAAACUAGGAAGUUGUAUUCUACACCGCUUGCACCUCGUGCGUAUGGUAUAUUAUGUGACGCAUUGGCGAAAUCGAGUCGAGCUUACGAAGCUCUCGAGUAUUUCAGAGACAUGAGGAAGAAAGGGCUUUUCGUGACUUCUUCGGUUUACUCUUCGUUGAUAAUCUCGUUCGCCGGCAUCCGCAAUUUAACCGUGGUCGAAGAGCUAUUCCAAGAGGCAGGGGAGAGGAAGAUGGUGAGGGAUCCGGAAGUGUUUUUGAAGAUCGUUUUGAUGUAUAUGGAAGAAGGGAUAUUAGAGAAAACUUUGGAUGUUGUGAGGGUCAUGAAGUAUGCAAAUGUAAAGGUUUCUGAUUGUAUUUUUUGUACAAUUGUAAAUGGAUUCUCUAAAAGAAGAGGGUUUCAAUCUGCCAUUGCGGUUUACGAGCAGCUGAUUCUGCAGGGCUGCAAACCGGGACAAGUAACGUACGCAUCGAUCAUAAACGCAUAUUGCCGUAUCGGUCUCAACUCGAAAGCUGAGAUGGUGUUCUCGGAGAUGCAGGAGAAAGGGUUCGACAAAUGCGUCGUGGCUUAUUCGAGCAUGAUAGCAAUGUAUGGGAAAGAAUGGAUGAUAAGAGAAGCAAUGAAGAUGUUGGCUAAAAUGAAAGCAAAAGGGUGUCAACCGAAUGUAUGGAUAUACAAUUCAUUGAUGGACAUGCACGGGAGAGAGAAGAACUUGAGACAGGUGGAGAAGCUAUGGAAGGAGAUGAAACGACGGAAGCUGGCACCGGAUAAAGUCAGCUACACGACGAUCAUCAGCGCUUACAAUCGAGUGAGGGAGUACGAGAUGUGCGUGAAGUUCUACCGUGAGUUUAGACUGAACGGGGGAUCGAUCGAUAAGGCUAUGGCGGGGAUCAUGGUCGGAGUGUUCUCGAAAACGAGUCGGAUCGAUGAGUUGGUGAGGCUUCUGCAGGACAUCAAAGCAGAAGGGACUCAGUUGGAUGGAAGGCUGUAUCAUUCAGCUAUGAAUGCCUUGAGAGAUGCUGGAUUGGAGAACCAAGUUAAAUGGCUGCAAAAGAGCUUUGAUGCCAGGAAACAUGGUAUAGAAUUGUGACUUAAAUAUUGUACAUUUUUAUUUUGACAAUUGAUAUUUUAAUUUUGUAAAUUAUAUCAUUUAAUUAUUUAA